UCUUGUUAAUAAAUAAAUACUCAUGUAUAUAUGUUUACUUACGUGAAUAGGAUGAAGCUUCAGGUAUUAUUGUGGGCACUUGUCCACCUGGGCGUUGCUCUGUCUGGACAAGUGAACAUUGAAUACAACAAACCUGUCUUAAAGUUGACAUUACCUUCAUUCACAACAUCUGACGUAGGUCGGGUCAGUUUCCGCUACACAAUAAAUAGUCUCCAGAAACAUGGAGUCGGUGUUCUUACUACUGAAGGCUGGCAAUAUCAGACCAGCGAUGUCUCACUAGAUGGCGCUGAUGAAGUCUCUGCUUACGCCGUCAUCUACGACCUACAUGGAAAUUUAAAAGAAGUCACUGACAGUUCCUCCCUGAAAAUAGUUAACCAGGGCGCCAUUCAGAUCCCUUCUCCAAGACGAAUCAGGGCGGUCCUCUUCAGAGAUGAUUUCAAUACAUACAACAAGGCAAACUGGCACCCUGAGGUCUCCAUGUAUGGAGGAUACAACGGUGAGUUCCAAGUGUACACCAAUGACCCCAAGAAUAUAUUCGCACGAGAUGGUCACUUGUAUCUUAAGCCGAUCACCACAGUCAGUGAUUCAAGAUUUAAUGAAAACUUUCUCCACACUGGACAUAUGGACAUGAGAACCCUGUUUGGCGAAUGCACACAGGCUGGGAAUAACGGCUGCACGAGAAAUGGCGGUGCUGAGAUCCUCCCACCAGUCAUGUCCGGUAAGGUCAAAAGUGCUCACACAAUGAGGUUCGGUACACUGGAGGUCCGAGCAAAGAUCCCCAAGGGUGACUGGUUAUGGCCAGCUAUCUGGAUGUUACCAAUAAAUGACCAUUAUGGAGGCUGGCCUAGAUCUGGUGAAAUUGACAUUAUGGAGUCCACAGGAAAUACUGGACCUAAUGGAAUUGGCCUCGUGACUAGCACCCUUCACUGGGGACCCUCACCUGACCAAAACAGAUUUAGUCUAACUCAUGGUGAAAAGCGUUCAGCAGACUGGCAUGCAGACUUUCACACUUGGCGCCUUGAGUGGACUCCGGAUCAUAUCUUAACUUUUAUUGAUAAUCAACAAAUAAUGUCAGUUGUCCCCCCUGCUGGUGGAUUUUGGCAGAAAGGUGGAUUCGGCGGAAAUAACCUUUGGGCUUCCGGAAGUAAAAUGGCUCCCUUUGACCAAAAUUUUUACCUAAUGUUCAACGUCGCCGUGGGCGGAACCAGUGGUUUCUUCCCCGAUGGUAAUCAUUACGGAGGUGUCACCAAGCCAUGGAGCAACAGUUCCCCUCACCCAAUGUUGGACUUCUGGAACGCACAUAAUGCCUGGCUCCCAACCUGGCAGGGAGAUAACUCAGCUUUGAUCAUCGAUUGGGUGGAAUUUAGAACUUAAGAAACAAACUCAGCACUCUGAUUGGGCUAAUGAAUAUUAAACACAAUCAAACCAA